AUGUCGACUCCGGCCGUCAUGUCCAGUCGCUUGGACAUCCUCCCACCACGGCCGCCGACGCCGCCUCGAGAAUCGCAUCAUGAGCCUUCGGUCCUAGCCCUAUCUGCCCUCUCGUCCAGGCCCAUCCCCGACUCGGCCGACACGCCCUCGAGCCUCCACACCCCGCCGGGGAACCACUCCCCGACCUAUUCCCUCACCACAAACUCGACAUCGCGGCGGGCGCGCAAGGUCGAGUUUUCUACCCAGGCCGAAUACAAAGAUCCGCCGAUAUACACAGAGGGGACGCCGAGGAGGCAGCACCCGACACCCGUGUCGCUUCCCCGAAGUGCCUCCAAACCCGUCAAGUCAAUCCUCAAACCUCCCGCCCACGGGCACAACCCCCUCGGCUCGACAAGCAGCGGCGAUAGCGAUCCUUUGCUCCAAAACAACAAUUUGGCAGCCAUGUUGGAAUCGACAAUUCAGCAGCUUGCCGGCGGCGAUCGGGACUCAAAGGUGGAUGCCUACAUGAUGCUGACGCGCGCGUGUAAGGCUUCCAACAACCUGCCCGACCGGGUUGCUCUCCAGGCGAAGAUGGGACUCUUCUUGCAGUUCAUGCAACGGGACAUCGUCUCCAGGACACCCGAGGCCGGUAUCGACUCGUCGCUCGUCAAUCAUGCUCUCAACCUGCUCAUCACCUUCCUCGGAUUCUCCGCCAUCGCGUCCACCUUCACCAACGACUUUGGCGUCUUCAUUGUCGACCACUGCAUCCGUUCCUUUGAGGAUCCAUCUAUCCCUAAAGACGUGGCGCGACACCUAAUGCAGGUAAUAGCGUGGCAAAACUUUUCGGCCAAAGUCAUGACAGCGGACCGCGUAGGGAGGCUAGUCGCUACGCUGCACAACAUCGAGAACCACGUGACGGGAAAGAGCAUCAUCAUGUCCCGUGUCCUCAUAUACAAGAACCUAGUCAAGCAAGCCAGGUCACUCAUGGUUAUUCACUCGGACUGGCUGUUUGACCUGUUCACCGACAUGCUCAGCACCAUCAAAGAGAUCCGCUCCUCGGCCAUUGAUCUGGGCCUGGAGGCGGCUUUUAGCAUUGGUCACGAAAAGCAGCUGCAGCGCAAGGUCAUGGAGGUGUUGAACCACGUCUCGGAAGAAAAGCGGUAUAUCGAGUAUUACGAAGAGAGGUUAAAGUCCAUGGCCGAGGACAAGAACAACUCGGCUACCGUCCCUCCGAUCUGGAGCGUGGUCAUCCUCAUGCUCCGUGUCCCGCUGUACAAGUUAGAGUACAUGAACCCGUGGCUGCUCAUUAUCCAGUCUUGCUUCAACACCGCCGACUUGGCAACAAAAAUACAUGCCCACCAAGCCUGGAGCCGGCUCGUCUACCUGAUGCAUUUGGACGAGCGAACGUUCCGAAAAAACGUCGUCAAUCUCACCAAGCCAUUGAUAACCCAGUUGAGGCGGAAAAGCGCGGGCAAACCCUCCGCCAAAACCUCAGAGGAGCUGCAGAACGUUGUGUUUGGCGGGAUUUGCAAUCUCUUCUAUUACACUUUCAAGCCCCAAACCGCCCCGGCCCUGCUGGAUGGAUACUGGGAUAGCAGCGUCAAGCCCGUAAUUGCGAGGGUUUUUGAUCCGGCAGUUGAAUCUGGCCAAGACAAUCUUCGUCAUGCCAGCACUAUUCUUGGCAGCCUUUUCGACUGCACGACGCCGCGGAGAUGGAAAGAAGACCGCAUAGUAGAGGGCUCCCUAGUAAAGCCAGAAGAGCUUCCAGCACUCGACUCGAAGUGGGUCAGGCGCAAUACCGAUAGAGUCUUCGCCACCAUUCAACCCAUCCUAGAAAGGGACUUUCUUGCGCUGGCCGAUAGCAAGAGCGCCACCUACCGACUCUGGAAGAACCUAGUUGCGACUGUUGCUUCUGCAGCGUCCAAAGAGAUCAAGGUGUCCAAGGAUACAACCCAGUUCGUGACCGAGGCUCUUGGCGCUCUGCAAAAAGUAUGGAACCGCGGUCUGCCACCUUGCGAGGACGCUGGGUCAAGCGUUGUCAACUUCCUCCUCGCGGCACGAGCAUUCGUGGAGAUCAUGAUCAACGCCCUUGGUCUCCUGCCUCUCACCGAAAAGCCUGGCAAGAACCAGGCCCUCACAAAGGCGCCCCUAUAUUCUCUCUUCUCGGCACUCUCAUCUCUCCCCCCCGGCGUCGCAGACGACAAGGACUUUGCCGACUUUUACGCUUCCGUUUUUGCCCCUUUCUUCAAUAAUCUAAAGAGCGACAAGGCAAAGAUGGAUCUCGCUCAAGACUUGCUAUCAGCAAUCCCAAUGGAAGCGCCACGACCUUACGGACCAUGGUUGCUAGUUGCCAAUAAAAUUGCCAGCUGGUUGGAACCUGGCCACAGCAGUCACAAUUCAAACAUAUCGGGGAGUGAGACUCCUAUUGGCCACGAAUACCGCGAUGUCGUCAAAGUCCUUGAGCGUGGUAUCAGAUCAACACCAAGUCUUCCUUGGGACCACUGGGAGUCCUUGUUUGACUUGUUGGUCGAACGGGUGCGAGACGAAGUUGGCGAUGCUGGAGUCGCCAUUGUUGCAAUCGAACCCUUGGCAAAGAUUUUGCCCGACCAGUUUGCUCUUGUCGGGGCUGCCAACACAUCGGCGAACAGCCUUAUUUGUGCAAUCGAGCUAGUUUCCGCUGCGAAGCAGCCACACGACCGGCAAGCUGUGGAUGCUGCUCGACGGCGACUUUGGGGUACUGCUCUAGCCGGGUCUCGCUCAGCGUCGUUUGACACAUUCGACAAUCUAUACAAGGCAGCCAGCGAAGCUCUGGCGUACAUGUAUAACCAGCCUAGUCCUGCCGAGUCAGAGGUAGCUGCUCGUCUCCUUCAAGAGAUUUGCCAGUUCUUUGAACGAUGCAACCGCCAGCUAUUCAUGAGGACGUUGACUGCUCUCCAGGACGGGCUUCUUCCCUGGAUUUGCGACUGCAAUAGAGCUAUAGGCAAUCAGCCUAGCCCCGUACUUGCCGCGACCAAGUCUCUUUGGGAUAAGAUAUGCUCUAUUAUAGCCGUGAUCGAGCACCCAGACCAGCAACUCGAGCCUCUUGAGCGCGUCUUCUGCGCCUCUUUCCAGUCCAGCCAUCUGUAUUUUGUCAAUUCUGGUGUGUCUUUGUGGAACAAGUUGUUCCAGAAUGUCGAGCAUUUAGAGUACCCGGAACACCUCAAGACGGCGCUUGGACAGAUCCAGUCGCACACAGGCAUCGUCCUGCCUGGUCUGGAAAUGUCGAGCGCAGAGCAUGUUGGGCAACAACCGUUGUUUAUUGACUCCCUCGACGACUUCAGCUUGCCGGAGAUGCCUUCGACGAGGUCCAGCCAGAAGGGCACUCCCCGCCCCGCCUCUCGUACCAAAACACCGGAUUCUGGCAAGCAAAAGAAGCCAGUUCAACGGCAGUUGGCCUUCUCCCCUAAGCUAAAAGCUAAGGGGGGUAACCGCGCUAAUGUAACGCCUCAGUUGCGACACGACAAUUCCCAGAUCCAGUUUGCUCCAAUUGAGCCUUCUUCGCCUGAUAAAGAGAAUUUGGAAUCCCAGGUUUUGACCGACCGGCAGAAAGAGGUUAGAGAUCGACAGAAGGAGAAUGCUGCCCUGUUUCCCGAAAUACGAUCAAGUCCGGGCGCCAAGUCAAAGGAGUCAGGCUGCAUUAUCCCAGCUGAGCUGCCAUCGCCUCCAGACAACUCGCGACUUCGGCAAGCCGCCACUCCCGAGCCGGAGAAUGCAUUCGACGGUUUUGUCACAUCAACGCCCACGCCGCGCCGUGGCCAACCGGUGCUUAUACCGGAUCAUGAUAUGAACGACCCUCCCUCAUCACCCCCAGAACCAAGACGGAAUCCACUAGCGGCCGAAAUACGAUCGAGGUCGGCCAGUCAUAGCCUGCUUGAAGAAUGGCAGUUCUCGUCGUCACCAAUAUCUGGAUCUCCGAAUCCAAGUCGCCAGAUGAACGCGCCCGAGGCACUUGACCGGGACGACGUCAAUGACGAAGCCAUGUCUUUCGAGGCCGAUGAGGAUCUUCCCGCCCCUAACGAGGCUGCUAUCACGGGAGUUGAAACAUCGGAGCUGGAAGUAACAGAACCGGAAAUAGCAGAGUUGGAAAUGGGAGACCCAGAAAUAGCGAGGGCAGACGCGAAUUUGGAGAGUGAAGUGAUCAAGGAUAACCCGGUACCAGCACCGAACUCGCAGGAAAUCUUGACUGCAGGAACUCCGACGACGCCUCGCAAAUACUACCGGCUUUUGCAACCCCAGAUUACGCCAAGGUCUGAUGAUGAAGUGUUCAUGGAUGCGCCCAGCAGCCCUCUGCCACCCACCCCGAAACCGUCCGAGAGACUUAGAGUUGCUGCUACUGGAGAGAGCAAGAGGACGACACCGCGGCAGUCUUCCCAAGUCAGCGAUGUCGACGAGAAGAGCUUUCUCAAACUCGUAGUUGAGCUGGAUACAAGGAGGCUUGACCGUUCUGAAUACCGACGGCCAUCCGUCUCAUCCCAGAAGACACACAACCCCCCAGAUGCAGACUGCAUUGUCGUAGGAGACAACCCUAAGAAGCGGCCCGGUUCACGGGGAUCGUCGAGGAGUACCAGAGCUAGUUCUGCGGCAUCUACUACGCCGUCGACGGCGGAAAUUCAGGUACCAAGCUCGCAGCCACAGAAACGCGACAAGCGACAAAAGCGGAAACGAGCAUCUUCCAAGACACACGAAACUGGCAACAAGAAGAGAAAGCAGGGCAACGACGCCGAUGAGGCCGACGAGGCCGACGAGGCGGACGACGAAGUGCCCGACAGCCAGCCAGUCCCAGUCGAAGAUGCCAGGAAGCUGCACCAAACGCUCGCAGAACAGACUACGAGGGCUUCUUCCGAGGAUUGCUUCUCGACGAUGCCCAGCGAGGAUUUCAGCCCUGACGAGCCUGUGCGGUCUAACAAGGCCGUCCGUAUGCAGACCGAUGGGUUGGGGUCAGAUGACCGCGAGGUGCAGUCUCAAAUCGCGCUCGAGUCCCGGAACCGCAGCGAAUUAGAAGAGACAAAGGCGGCGGGGCCCGAGUUGAUGGAUGUGGACAUGCUUGGACCCGAGUUAGAGGGACCUGGGGGAGCGGAGGCUACUUACGCGCACAAAGCAGACCGUGUGCAAAAUAUCAUGAGUCUGCUGCAGGGUGGUCUCGACGAGCUGCGCACAGCCGCGCUGUCGAGACAGGAGGUUUACCAGAUUGAGGAUCUGUUCAUGGACAUGAAGAGAGAGUUGUACGAAGCUGAGAAGCGUGGGAGGGCAUGA